AUGAGCACUGCACAAGGAGCGGAUGAGGGACAGGCUAUUCCGAUCCCAGACGUUGAUAAUAAUACCGGAGUUGUAAACCCCGCGGAGCCUGCAUCGGAAGAAGUUAGCGAAACCAAAGCCCAGGAGAAAAUUGACGAGGCGGAAGUUAAACCUAUACAGGUAGAAAACGCAGUCGAAGAUAAGAAUGAAAAAUCCGAGGAGCCCGAGAAAGUUGUAGCUAAGGCCGAUGAAGUUACAACGAAUACCGGAGAGACUACAAACAAAUCUGAGGCAACUGUAGCUGACGUAUCAACUGAGGAACCUAAGACGGAAGUUCAAACUACAGUUGAGACUACUACCGAAGUAACAAAGACUACUGAAGAUGCAGAGAAUCAAACUAAAACAGAAAUUAAAGAGACUGAAACUAAGACCGAAAUUACUAGAGAGGUGAUUGAUGUAAAAGAUCAACCAACAGAAACUUCAACAGAUACAACUCAAGCAGAUAUAAACAAACCUCUUCCAGAAACUCCAGAACCUUCAGAAACUCCAAAUCCUCCAAAAGCUCC